CGGAAGAUAUACUGAGGGUACGGUCGGAAAUUUACUUCAAAAAGUAUCAGUAAUUAAAGUAAUGCAAUCGCAGUAAAGCGGUUAUUUAUUAAAUUUUACUCAAAAUACUGAAGAUGCUGUAAUAAUUUUCGACCGCUUGUUUUGCAAUUAUAUGCUUUUGACAACUGAUACCUACUUAACCUCAAUUAUUCUCUAUUGUGUAUAUUGCCUUAUUGCCACAAUGGAUUCUGAAAGUAUAGUUCCUUUAAUUGUUAAUAAUAUUUUGAGUAUUUUGGACGAUUCAAGUUCUGAUGAUGAUGAAUUUCUAGUAUUAACACAUUUGAUGAAUGUGAGUGAUUCCACUCGUUUAACGAGAAUUGAACAUUAUGUGGAAAAUGUGGUUCAUUUAUAUUCAGAUGAUCAAUUCCAAUCACAUUUUAGAAUGCAACGAAAAACAUUUGACUUUAUUUUGUCUUUAAUUGGACCAAAAAUUAGUGAAAACGUGGUCAAACCUGGACGACCAAGUGUAUCCCCAGAAACACAAUUGCUGCUUACGUUGUGGAUUCUUGGAACACCUGAUUCCUAUAGAUCUGUAUCGGAUCGUUUUAAUGUCGGAAAAGCAACUGCCGUUAUCUCCGUAAGAAGAGUAGUAAAAGCGUUGUAUGAUCAUGUACAUACAUUUAUAAAAUGGCCAAUAGCAGAUGAAAUGGAAACAAGUAUAAGAGUAUUUCGAGCUGUAAAAGGCUUUCCAAAUGUUAUAGGUGCAAUUGAUGGCACCCAUAUUAGCAUAACUGCUCCUAAGAAUAAUGCAGAAGCUUAUGUGAAUCGAAAAGGGUAUCAUUCAAUGCAAUUACAGGUAGGUAGUUAUUUUCUGCAGGCCGUCUGUAACGAAAAUGGAAUGUUUAUUCAUUGUUUCACUGGAUAUCCGGGAGCUGUCCAUGAUCAGCGAGUAUUCCAAAACUCGGAUUUACCAGAAUUUUUUAGAAAUGACACACAAUUUCCAGAUGAUGUACACAUUUUGGGAGACGCAGCAUAUAAGUUGCAUAAGCAUCUUAUGGUACCAUUUAAAGACAAUGGUCAUUUAACAGACAUACAAAAAAAUUUUAACAUGUGUCACUCAUCUACAAGAAUGGCAAUCGAAAGGGCAUUUGGACUUCUCAAAGGCAGAAUGCGGAGAUUGUUAGAUACUCUACCAAUGACACGAGAAGAUCUUAUACCAAAGUACAUCAUAACGUGUUGCAUUCUUCACAAUAUCUGCCUUUUAAAACAAGACCAAUUUCAACCAUUAGCUGUAGCUAUUUCAAAUAAUGCAAGUGCUGUGGAAAUACUGGCAACACGAGAACCGGAUGGUGGAGGAAGAGAUGUAGCCAUAAGAAAACGGGAUGUAAUCGCUGCUGAAUUACCUAUGCAAAUUGGUGCAUGAUUUUUACAAAUAACGAGGAUACGAAUGAAAAUAAAUUUAUUAUACAUUAAUAAAAAUAAUUAGGUAUUAGUAUCAUUACUUUUUCGAAAUGUUAUCAACAAGUGUGCGUAAUAAACUUAAUGCUUCUGUACUUUUCUCCAUUCUUUCUUUAUGAUGCUUUUCUUUAUCUUCUCGCAACUUGUUUAAAAUGUCCACCAAUUUUCUAUUCUCUACAAAGCGAAAUAAAAAAUAAAACAUUUAAAUUUAUGAGUUCAUACUUUUUGGUGAUUGUUUUUUCUUCCCCUCCGUUUUUGGUGAAUUUUUGUUCGCUAUUGCACAUGUUGCUGAGGUAGAAGGUGUAAUUGAUGUACUGGUAGAGCUACUACUGGCAGCACUAUUUACGCUCGCACUACUACUACUGGCUAAAGAAACUGGUACUAACCAUGGUUGAGAAGAAAAUAUUUCAUCCAUUGCCUAAUUAUAAUACCAUAAAUAUUUAUGUGUAUCCAUACAAAAUACUUACUUCCAAAUACGGCCAAUCUUUUCUAUCAUUUCCCGAUACUUUAUUAUGGUCCUUGACCUUUUUAUAUUGCCUUUUCAAAGUUGCAAGUUUUGUCUUACACUGACUGGCAGUGUACGUAUAACCAUGUUUAGCCAUUAAUUCGGCAAUACUAUUCCAAAAAGCUUUUUGUUUCACCUUCCCCUUCACUAAUACAUCCUGUUUUUCUCCAUACAGGUUUAACAACAAAGUUACUCCUUCAAAGGACCAACGGCAUAAAUCUAAGUACAAAUCUUGUUAUAAAUAUUUCACUUAUCAGUGUACUUACCAUCAGUAUCGUAUCCGCUUUGUGGCGAAGUUGGUUCUGUGUAACCUUCAGUGGGAUUAUCGUGCACAGCAGCCUCGACAUCAGCAGCUGAAUCCGUGUGAUCUUCCGUGGCAUUAUUGUGCAUUCCAUUAAUUACAGCAUGUUGCAAUAAAGUAGAUGCAAAUGCCAUGUCUACAAGUUAGAGAAAUAUUAGUAAGUCAAAGUAACAUAAUUAUUGUAUAUAUAAUUGAUAUGAAUACAUAACAAUUGUAGGUAAUUAUGCAUCUUUUUUGGUUUACAUACUAACAUACCUUGUGUUGCCCUUGCAUGAUCUUCAACACUCAGCAUUAGUUUAUAUUGUUUUUUGUGUUCGACGUCUACUAAAACUAAUUCUCGCGUCUCCA